CAGACGUGUUGACCAGAUUAUACAUUAAAUUCAGCCAAUCUACAACCCCAAAACCAAUUUGUUAAAACACAUCUGCAGAGACCAGGACGUUGUAUCUUGUCAAACAGAAGUGAGAUGGGAGGUCUUUAAAAAGGGCUGUCUGUCAGCAGAGACAGUUAGUCUCAGUUUGAACUCACUCUGUGCAGGAGGAGCACAUCAGGCAAUGCUUUGAAGACCAGCGCCACAUGACGAAGUGUCAAAUUUACUUAACAGCAAAUUCCUUUCUGUGGAGUGGAACUGAAUUUAUGAAAAGGAUCUCUUUGCUUCAAUGUGUGUGACAGAGGAGUCUGGUGUUUUCCACUGCCAAACACUUACCAGAUGACCAUCCUUGUGUCAACCCUGAUUCAGAGCAAAGCUAAGUUGCAGGUAAAGUGUCUGUGUGUGCUUAUGUUCCUGAGCUUCCCUCUGAAUAUGGCUGAGAUCCCUGGUCCAUGCAGACACUCCAUCACUAGGGAGCACCUGCUUACAGUCAGGCAUCUGAUGGAUAACCAGUUGAGAAGCGGGUGCUCGAUAACCUACACAUUCAUAGAACGGAGAAGUUUGAGCAAAUGUUGCUUUGUAAAAGCUGCUUUACCCUGGAUCCUGGAGCUCCUCACCACCCACUUCAAAUAUAGCCGGGGUUCAGUCAAUGAUGACUAUGUUCAAUCUCUGAGAGCGCUCAUCCUCAACAUAUAUUCUCAGAAAUGUGUGCCACAGAUUAAUGAAGAGGUCGAGGACAAGCCAGAGAGUUUUGAGAUGCUCUACAGAGGGUCUCCCACAGAGGCACUGCAGCGGGCUUCAGAGGUGCUGUCUGUUUACUGGGAGCUGGUCACGACCAGCGAUACACCAGUAGACUGGAGAUGUCAGCACGAAUACACAGAAACCUUUGACUCUACCACAGAGCUAUCCACAGAGUCACCCACACAUUUUACAGACAGUUAUGGUAGAAAGUCAGUGAAGGCCUCACUGAGAAGACCGGUCAGAGACCUGUACAAGCUUGGUUUCAUCAUCGCCUCCAUUUGCGGAGGACUGCUGUUCAUACUAACUAUCUACUGUCUGAUCACACAAAAGAGAACUCACAACCCUCACAGAUCAAGAUCUUACACAAACUCAAGAGACCUGCAGGACAUAGAGAUGGAGCCACAAUAAUGUGGUAAAGAGCACAACGCUGCAGCCGCAGACGGAACACUUGUGAAGCUGUACAUUUUAUCCAUCAUGAACAAGUUUUCAUAUCACUACCUUGUAUGUAAUGUAUCAGGCUCUCCUGUUUAAUCGGAAGCUUCGCUUUGACUGAAAGCAAAGAUGGACCUUAUUUGGAAUAAUAUGCUAUGUAUAUUAUGUUUAUGCGUUAUCUUUUGCAGAUAUCUUUUCCAGUUCACAAAAAAGUUUUAUUUUUACACUAGUUAUGAAUGUUGAAUAAUGUGUCUCCAUUUGCUGCCACUUAACCAACUGUUUGUAAUGUUGUUUGCCAAACAGUUCCACAAGUUAUUUAUUAGUUUGACUCUAUUCAAUUACCGUAUUGAUAAUAAAAGUUAACCAUCAAUACUAAAUCCAAACUGUAAUGCUCUCCAGCUGUACAGCUACCAGUGCAUUCAUAUACUAAUCAGCCACAUUAAAUCCAAUAACUAUACGCACACACACACACAGUAUGUAUAUACACACACACACACACAGUAUGUAUAUACAUAUAUACACACACAUGUAUACAGUAUAUAUGUUUGUAUAUACAUUUACAUUACAUUAUAUGUAUAUAUGUAAUGUAACACACUUUUCGCAUUACAUUUACGCUUUUAUCCAAAGCGAUUUACAAGUGAGGGACAUAACUAAAGUGUGUGUGUGGGUGAUGUGAAUAUGCUGUCACAGGUUUUUAUGAACACCUCAUGAAAUCCCAUCUAAAGAACAGGUAAAGGCCUCAUUAAGGGAUUUAGGCCACUUAAUAGCCUAGCCUACAAGCGUACAUCCUGUUUGACUAAACACUUUAUGAGGAGUCAAAAAUGCUUUUAUCCUUGCCAAAACAGUCUUUCCCACUGCUUUGGAAAGCAGCUUAGUUUCCUUGAUUAUCAGCUUACACUGCUGAUCAAUACACAGCCUUCAUGGAGCCAACUUUUAAGUAAUUCAAUUUUAAUGUUUAAAAUAUGACCAAAGUUAUGACCAAAGAUUUCUAUAUCAAGUUUCAUUGCAAAACAGUAUUAAUAGUUUCAACAUGAACUCUGGAGAAUAUUCUCUUAUUGGUCAAACACACUGAGUUGUUGUUACUUGCAGAGAGGUGGAGAAACAAUUUCGAUAGAUACACACCAGUCGCUGCUGCAGCUUCAUAAGUAAUGUCUUCACUGCACAGGGAAGGACAGGAAUUGGUGGGACUAACAUGCUACUACAGUUUACACAUAUGCAUAUAUGACAUUUAAUCAUUACUACAUGUAACAGAAUAACACUGACUGAGAGAAGGAGGGCAGUGUAUGUGUAUUCCCUAAUGCUGUCAUGACUUUCACCAGUGUUUACUCAGUGAUGGUCCAGCCUAAGAAGACCACAUUAGUAAAUCAUGUUGAAAGAUUCCGACAUGUCAUCAUGUGCAUGUGUGCUAGCCUCUGCUUUGUUUUUGAAGAGACUGUGUAGGAAGCAGAAGAGUAAAAACAACACAGCCCUACCCCACAGCCUCUGCAGAACUGUGUGCAGCCUGCAAUAUAACAUGAUCUAUAACUCACUUAAUUUCACAGGCUACCGCUUAUCAGUGUGCAAACCACUGUUGCACUGGCAGUAAUCCAUUCUUCAUCCCUAGACACUGCUCAAUUACCAAACAAGGAAAGUAUUUCUAUAAUUCAAUUUAGUGCCUUUCUGCAGAGGAUUAAAGGCAGCUGUGGAAGAUGAAAAGGAAAGUUGUCCUCAACAAUAAAUACGUAGGAGCUGUCCUUUUAGAAUUGUUAAUAGGGCUGCUGCAUUUUUCUCUCUCCCAUCCUCUCUGCCUCUUUUAUUUUCAAAUUAGAUGAAACAGAACAUUUUGUUGAUGCUAAAAAUAUAUCAGUUUUUUUCCCCACUCAGAUGUAAUAAUAGGUACAAAGUGAUAACAAUUCACUUUAUACAAAAAUGCAUUAUUCAAAGUUUUUUCACAAAGUUGAUAUAAAUCGUCAUGUCAAGUCACAGGUUAAAAAUCCUGGUAUAAGCUUAU